GGCGGGACCAAAAUGAAACCGCGGAAGAUUGAAAGCGAAGAUGGCGACUAAAAAUAAUUCUCUAAACAGUGUCCAAACGGAUAGAAGGGGCACAAAAUGCAGCGUGUUCCUCUGUCACGAGAAGCCAGACGCCAACCAGCCUGUGAUCUUUAACCCGGACUUCUUUGUGGAGAGGUUAAAGCAUGAGCAUCCGCAGACUUUCCAGGAGUUGGUCCUCAGCAACAUUACUCGGCUCAUAGAUCUGCCAGGGGACGAGUUUGCGCAGCUGACCGGGGAGUCGGAGCCCAAGGUGCCGUCGUCCAGUGGCUUUCUGCGCUCCUUCAACUUCCGCAAACGGAAAGAUAAGGGAGUGAUCUUUGGAGCGCCCUUAACUGAAGAAGGAAUAGCUCAGAUCUAUCAGCUCAUUGAGUAUCUGAGUAAAAACCUUCAUGUGGAGGGGUUGUUUCGGGUGCCAGGCCACAGCCUGAGGCAGGCGGCCCUGAGAGAGAUGCUGGACACGGCGGCCGAGAUAGACCUGGAGACAGGUGACUUCCAUCCCAACGAUGUGGCCACUUUGCUCAAGGCUUACCUGGGAGAGCUGCCAGAGCCUCUACUCACGCACAGACAUUAUCACGCUCACCUGAAAAUCGGAGAGUUGACUCGCUUUGACGAAAAAGGGAAUAAGACCAAAGUCCCCGAUAAGGAACGGCAGAUUGAGGCGUUUCAGCUGCUUUUCAUGUUGCUCCCGCCGACCAACCGCAGCUUGUUGAAGCUGCUGCUGGACUUACUGUACCACACGGCCCGCACUCAGCACACCAACAAGAUGUCGGCUAUUAACUUAGCCACCAUGUUCGCUCCGCAUAUCAUCUGGCCCAAGAAUGUGACAGCAAGCGAUCUCCAGGGAAACAUAGAGAAACUGAAUAACGGGGUAGCAUUCCUCAUCCGGCACUCACAGAAGUUGUUCAAGGCACCCGUCUAUAUCAAAGAAUAUGCUCGAUUCUUCUACACUGGAUCCAAAACUCUUCAGUCAAAUGAUGACCUGAAUCUCUCUUCAGCCUGCUCUGUUACUGCGGUCACAGCUCCGUCCCCUUCGCCCUCUAUGAGAUCAAUCCCAGGUGAGACUAGCAGCACCAACAGCAGCCGGCCGUCUGAGAAUCAGAGCUAUACCGAGUCUUGCCUCAAGGAACUGUACAAGCAGGUCAGCAGCAUGCCCGACUCUGCCAAGAAGAAAAAACUCAUCAGACAGUUUGCAAAGCAGCCCGACGGGACUUCCUCUGCAGAGACCCGGACGCCGUUCAUCAGGAGACACUGGCGUUCUCGAUCUGCGGGUCGAGUUAUAAAGAGCAAGGGACUGGGAGGCCAGACUCCUUCAGAGAAAGAAAACGGCACACUGCCGAGUCUUCCUCUCAGCCCCUGAAGUGAUGGCGCGAUUAAGAGGAAUCACCCACAGGGAGGAAGACUGACUGCUAUUUAAGGACUGUGCUCCUCCCAAAACCUUGGAACAUCAGUCUGGAGCCUUAAAGAAGCCAGGCCGUUUAACUUGCUGUAAAGUUGACCUUUUUUAUUAUUAUACUUUUUUUAUUUUAUUUAUUUUUUUCCAGAGUGUGAAACUUAGUGGUUUAGAAAAACCCAGAGUAUCUCUGCAGCUGCCCGGUUUAACACAACAGUUGCUAAACAGCAGCGAGGAUGCUUCUGUUGGUAAUUUAGGGUCAGACAAGUUUAAACUUUCUGUGCUCCAGUGAAUUUUGUUGAAUUUUAUUUUAGACAUUUUUUUUUAUUGUUCUUUAUGUUACAUGACCUUUACUGUUCUGCCUUGAAUGUCUGUUAGGAAGCUGUGAUAUUCAUAUUUUCUGCUCUUAACGUAAAUGUUGUAGGACCAAAGAUGUGCCUUAAGCUGAAUGUGCCUUAAGUUAUUUCAAAUUUUAUAUGCAACAGUUCUCCCCCGACAAAUAUGUUACAAAUUUAAGGAUGAUUCUUUUACAUUUGUUUAAAAUAUGUGCUUGGAAAAUGAAUUCUUGUGAAAGUGAGCUCAAAAGAAAAACAACAGAAUAUGUUUAUGUUUUUUUCCUCUUUAACACAAACUUGUGCAAACACUGAUUUUCUUUUUUUUUUUUCUUUUUUACUGAUAUUAGUAGCAGUAUAUGGUUUUAGUUCCUGUAUUUAAAGCUUAUUUUAUGUUUUAUAUCUUGAAAUGGUGUGUUUACAGUUUUGGCAAGAGAAUUUUAUUUAAUCUUUUUAUUAUUCUAAUGGUUGGUUCACUGGAUAUGAAGCAAAAUAAUAUUUUAUUUCUUACCACUGUCAUGUUUAUUGUUUUUUUUAAUCCAGGGGUCUACAGAAAACGUUUUAGCAGUUAUCACAUUUAAUUAAACCUUGUUUCUUACUGGGUAAAACUCUCUUUGGUGAACUAUUUACCUUUUUUUUUUUUUUUACCAGAAUGUGAAAAUUGCAGCUUCAUCUUGUGAGUAAAUUGGUGAUUCUGGUGCUUCUGUAAAGCUAUGCAAGUUACUGUAACACAUUGGUUGUUAAAUGUCUUUUUUUUUAAUUCAUACAUUUCUAUUACAUGUUGUACAUAUUUGUUUUGUAAUUUGAAAAAAAAAAAAGUGUUUCCCCCCCUUCUUCUUGCAAUUGUGUAAAGUCAUGUCCUGCACUUUUAUUUGCAACCACAAGGUGGUGCUGUUUAAAUGCAAAUGGUAGGGAGCCUUUCAACACAAACAUGUUGCUUCUGGAGAUGACGGCAUCAGCCUUCCUGCUUUAUUGUUACCCACCUUCGACCCAAUGUGCUGCUGCCGCCAUGCAAACAAUAAGCUGCUUGUAAAGUUAAAUUGUUCAUAAAUGGAACAUGAAUUUCAGAUUCAUUACUGGCUGAAGAAAGAUGGACUAAAUCAUAAAGGAAAGCAUUAUAUGUUGCGGAUGGGGGAUAAUAAGUAAAUGUUAUGAACAUCUGUGAAUGCUGGUCCUUCCCAUAAGCAGCGCCCAGCGUCAUGGUUUUACAGCUAUAGCUUUUUAUUUCUUUUGUUUUAUCCAAAAUUAGACAUCUGUGAACUGAGUUGCUCUAAUAAACCUGUUGAAUUUGC